GGCACGCCGGAGCCCGGGACCGCGGCGCGGAAACGGCCCGGGCCGAGCGGCAGGCAGAUCCGGGGCUGGAGGGAGGCGGAGAGGAGGCGUGAGGGGGCCGGGGAGCAGGCCCCUCUGCCCUCCUGGAGGCCGGCCGCCUGCUGUGGCGGUGCAGGAGCAGGCCGCCCACACAGGGAGGGGGUCAGGAGGGCGGGCCUCGGCCUCCGCAGGCCCGGGCCGGGCCCCAGCAGGGAGCAGCAGGAGUCGAGGGCCCAGGCCUGGCCCGGGUUGUCCUCGCGGGCCCUCGAGUGGGCCUCCCGGGCCUCCGCCGGGGAACGUGAGCCUGAGGCGGGCCCCAGGGCCCGGCCCAGGCGCGUGUGAGCCGAGCGAGGGAGAGCAGGCGAGGGCCCUGGUGGGGGGCGGCAGAGACGGAGGUGGUAGGGGGCUUCCGAGCCUCCCGGCCCCGAGCCGGAUUGGCGAGUUAGACGCUUGUGGAUCCAGCGUUGGAUUGGGGAGGGGUCUCUGGGAGGCUGGCAGGCCACGCAAGGAUUGGGGGGAUCUAAGUGCUUAGAGAUCGAAGGCAGGCCUUGGGUAGGGGGAGUCAGACAAUUGAAAGCCUAGGUGGGUAUUUGGGGAGGGGUCUCUGCGCUCAGAGGAAGCGCCAAGCAGCGCCUGCUUGGCUGCAGGCCCGAGGCCCGGUCCAGAGAAGCUCCUGUGGAGGGCGGGCCAGCCCAGGCCGGGCCAAGAGAAAGCAAGUGAAUCAAUCUGGACUCGCAGUGGGCGGGGGGCCCCUGAGCGGGGGGUCACAAAGGGUGAGCCAUGGCCACCAGGCGUUUAACCGACGCUUUCUUGUUGUUGCGGAAUAAUUCCAUCCAAAACCGGCAGCUGUUAGCCGAGCAAGUGAGUAGUCACAUCACCUCCAGCCCUCUGCAUUCACGUAGCAUUGCUGCGCUUGCUGACGAUCGCAUGGCUCUGGUGUCAGGCAUUAGCUUAGACCCAGAAGCAGCAAUUGGUGUGACAAAGCGGUCACCUCCUAAAUGGGUGGAUGGCGUGGAUGAAAUACAGUACGACGUUGGCCGGAUUAAACAGAAGAUGAAGGAGCUGGCCAGCCUCCACGACCAGCACUUAAACAGACCCACCCUGGACGACAGCAGUGAGCAGGAGCGUGCCAUCGAGAUAGCCACCCAAGAGGUCACGCAGCUCUUCCACAGGUGCCAGCGCGCAGUGCAGGCGCUGCCUAGCCGGGCCUGCAGGGCCUGCUCGGAGCAGGAGGGGCGGCUCCUUCGCAACGUGGUGGCCUCCCUGGCACAGGCUCUUCAGGAGCUGUCCACCAGCUUCCGGCACGCGCAGUCGGGCUACCUCAAACGCAUGAAGAAUCGAGAGGAAAGAUCCCAGCAUUUUUUUGAUACAUCAGUGCCACUGAUGGACGAUGGAGACGAUAAUACUCUUUAUGAUCGGGGUUUUAUGGAUGACCAGUUAGUGCUGGUGGAGCGGAACACGCUGAUGGUGGAAGAGCGGGAGCGGGAGAUUCGCCAGAUCGUACAGUCUAUUUCUGACCUGAACGAAAUAUUUAGGGACCUCGGAGCAAUGAUUGUAGAACAGGGUACCGUCCUUGAUAGGAUCGACUAUAAUGUUGAACAGUCCUGUAUCAAAACUGAAGAUGGCUUGAAACAGCUUCACAAGGCAGAGCAGUAUCAAAAGAAGAAUCGGAAGAUGCUUGUGAUUUUAAUAUUACUGGCCGUCAUCAUUGUCCUCAUUGUUGCCCUCGUCGGUGUGAAGUCUCGCUGAGCAGCGCGGGGCCGGUGUAUGCGCCGCGUGGACGCGGGUGCGGCUGCUGUGCAGGCGCGGCCCUGGGCCGGCUGGGGCAGCGGGCGCUUCUGUGGACGCCUCGGCACAGCCGUGCGCACGCACGGGGAAGGGGCUUCUGUUCCUCCUUCAGUGUCAAGACUUGAAGGACCUUGGAUACUGCUGCAGAUUAGAGAUGAGCUCUCUCUUCAGUUAUAACGUAUUUUUUUUUAGAAAGAGAAAAUGAGUUGAACGUUUACAGGCCUCCUCAAGCUGUUCAAUAUGUUAUGUCUGUGUGUGCUAUUUUUUUUAGCAAUCAUGUCUGAGCAGCAUGUUGAAAUAAUUUUUGGAAAAAUUUUUUUUAAACCAUAUGGUUUUUAAGAAAUUUGGUACCAAAAAUUUAUGAGUAAAGGCAAAAAUGCCUCUUCAUCUUCCUCUAUAUAUUUUCCAGUUGGAAAUGAACUGAGAAGUCCUUUAAGAAUUUAUAAUCCGUUCCCCAUUAACUUAAUUUAGCUUUUCCAUCACUGUUAAUGAUCAGAGUAACAAAGUGUGAAAAAUAAGAAACCAUCAUCGAUGUUAAUUAACACAUUUAGAUGGGCAGUUAAAACAGCUUCAUAAGUUUAAAUUAAUCGUAAAUGGAGUAUUCCUCAUCUAAAAUUUGUGCACUGCAUUUUCUCCAGUAAACCCAAAGGGGAUACUAAGUAAAAACCACCUAGAUUUAAAAGUUGGUGAUUUGAAAUAACCUCACCUAAAAAGGAAGCUCGGUAGUGUUGUCAGAGUCACCAGAAUCAGCCGGUGUGUCCAUGCGCGUCCCCAGCCAUUCUCGCGCAGUCCAUUACGUCUGUGCUAACUACAUAAUGACCUGUUCAAGCCAGACACCAUUUAAUGAACUGAGAAUUUACACAGAGGCCACUCUGAACGGGUCACCCCAUUCAGGAUUAGUGGGUCUCAGAUUAUUAACCAAGCGUCACUCCAUUUCAAAGUAAAAUAUUCCACCAGCGGUUUGAUUUAUGGGCCCUUCCAUUGCCACUUGCCAUGCCCGGAAAGCAGGCAUUUUCUUGCAACGUGUGAAAAUCUUGGCUAGGAAAACGCCUUGUUUGUGUUAGCGUGAAUCAGAUCACCAAAGGAGGACUUUGUUGUCUACUUACCUGUUAUCAAUGUGGUGCUCGGAUAUAUUCCUGGACCUGUAGGGUGAGGUGCAGAGUGGUGAUAACUUUGAAAACUGAAGUUGUUCAUGUUUUAAUUGGUCUUGAGACACCAGUAUUGUUUUAACAGUCUUUGCAUCAUUUUCAGUGGCUUUCCACUAUUUUUACCUCUCUUAAACUGUUUUAAAAGAGCGUGACCUCAUGAAAUGUGCUACAUUUUAUUCAGACCAGUCACAUAAAAUGUCUCUCUAGAACUGA